AUGUCAAAACAUCUGAAAGACCAAAUAGAAUAUGAAAUUCUGAAAGGAGACCUUAACAUCGUUCGUCUCUCAAUAAUAACCACUCCAGUAAAUCACAAAGGAACGUUAUUUUUCACAAUGAUCCCAAUACAACUAGACCACCCAGACAAUGUGUAUGCACAGUUUAUUAUUACAACAGACCAACAGACUAAAGUUGAUUUUCUUUCUGAAUACGCCGACAUCAAUAGAUCGGUAGUCAUUACAACAGGUGUUGCAUACAUUGACAUUCCAAGUUCAGUAUUGAUGUUGGGAAUAGGUAGAACAUAUGCAACCGUUCUCAUUCAGUCUGAUCAAUUAAUUACUGUUGUUGGAUUCUUUGGCAAAUCGCAUUGUUCCCUUAGUUGUGAAUCGUCAUGUUUAAUUGUGUUGCCUGCAACUGUUUCAGGAAUGGAUUACUCAAUUAUUACUCAACCAAACAACAAACAAAACUGUGGUAUAAUGGCAACAGAAACUAACACUACAGUUGUCAUAGAGUCUGCAUCAGUGAGAAGUAUCUCAAUUGGAAGCACAACUAUCAAACCUCGACAAAAAUUUAUUAUAGUUAUUGAUUAUUUAGAAGGCUUUCAUAUUCAGACUGAUAACCAUCUAACUGCAACGAAAAUCUAUGCAAAUAAACCGAUAGUCGUCAUUUCAGGAAAUAGGUAUGCUUCUCUAAAAAAAGACUUUAAGUGUUUACGUUAUUGCAGUUAUUAUUCAGAUAUUGUAUAUGAAAGUUUGAUUCCUGUUGAUAAAUGGUCUCGACAUUUUAUAAUACCCCUAAUCCAUAAGGCGUCCAGAUAUAGCAUUAGAAUAGUUAGCCGAAAUAAAAAUGCCACCAUAACCAUACAGGAUUAUUCAGGGGUGUCAAUUACUAAACAUGGAGAUCUGACCGAGGUAGAUUUAUCUGCAAAGUCCUAUUAUGUAUCUGCUUCCAAUCCGAUCCUCCUAUCUCUUUAUACAAUAACUGAAAACAAAGGAAUAAACAUGAUGAUUCUUCCAGGAAUCGAACAUUUUUCAAAAGAUUAUAUAAUUGCACCACCAAAGGAUCCCUUUCAUACAAGUUACAUAUCGAUCAUAAUUAAAUCAUCCGACGUCGACGGACUUAGAUUUGUCGGUAAUCGUUUAGCUGUCGAAUCCACUGUUAUAAUGGCGCGUAAUGAAAGCUUUAUAACUGUUGUAAAGAAAAUGGGUGGUCAUUCAGUUUACAAAAUACGUCAUUUGUCGAAGGAUGCAUUUUAUGGAGUUAUUGUAUAUGGAGUUGGCAGUAAUACAGCCUAUGGAUAUCCUGCAGGAUUUAGGUUUUAGUUUUAAUCGACUAGUCUAUUGUUUCCUGGAAGAUGUCAGGUACAAGAAAAUUGUAUGUGGUCAUCAUAGGAUUAUGCAGGGACAGACAAUUAUUUUCCGUUAAAGAAGAAUAACUGUAUACCACCAUCUUGGAUUGUAAAAUAUCAGUACACAAUUGGUCUAGUUCUUUUCCAGUGUUGAGACAGAUUGUCAAUUAAUGUGUA